AUGGCCAAGAUUGACCGGCACAUCGUCCCGUGUCUCUGCGUCCUGUAUCUGCUUGCUUUCCUGGAUCGUGUCAACAUCAGCAAUGCGGCCGUACUCGGGCUCGAAACGGACCUCAACAUCGCUACGGGGACGAAGUACAAUACCGCGCUCACUAUUUUCUUUGUGCCCUACGUUAUAUUCGAAAUUCCAUCCAAUAUCUUGCUGAAGAAGUUGAAACCUCAUGUAUGGUUGUCUUUUUGUAUGUUCGGGUUCGGCCUUGUCAUGAUAUGUCAGGGUUUAGUCUCGAACUGGGGUGGACUGAUGACUACACGCUGGUUCCUGGGAAUGUUUGAAACGGGCAUGUUCCCUGGAUGCUUCUAUCUAUUGGGCAUGUGGUAUAAGCGCAGUGAGGCACAGAAGCGCUUUAGUUUCUUCUUCAGCUCGACCACAUUGGCGGGCGCCUUCGGCGGCCUACUUGCCAGCGGUCUAGGGAAGAUGGCCGGACUCCGAGGCUACGGGGGCUGGCGGUGGGUUUUCAUCAUCGAGGGAGUUAUCACCUGCGUGGUUGCCAUUGUCUGGUUCUUUAUCAUCCCGGGGUUCCCAGAGGAUGUCAAGUGGCUUAAUGAGGAAGAGCGAACGUACAUCCGGGCUAAGCUGGCCCGUGAUGCAGGGAAAGCUGGGCAUAAUGCUCGUAUGGGUUGGCGCGAUGUGUUGGCUGUGUUCAAGGACUACAAGAUCUUCCUUGGCGGGUUUAUGUACUUUGGGCAGGUUGUCACAGCAUAUGGAUAUGCUUUUUUCGCCCCAACUAUUAUCAAGACCUAUGGCUACGGAACCAUCCAAACCCAACUGUACUCGAUUCCACCAUGGGCAGCCGCGUUUGCAUUCUCAAUGAUAAUUGCAACGUUUUCGGAUCUAACCAGACACCGGUUGGCUUUCACUUUGAUUCCUACAGCAAUUGCUAUGGCUGGAUUUGGAAUACUAUUGAAUGUACACGGAAAGGCUCAUCGACACGUCCAAUACGGCGCGCUCUUCAUGGUGACCUGUGGCUGCUAUAGUGCGAUGCCGGUUAUUGUAUGUUGGUUUGCUAUGAAUCUAGGGGGUCAUCGCAGGCGCAGCGUGGGCACGGCAUGGCAGGUUGGGUUCGGGAACACGGGAGGUAUCAUCUCCACAUAUGCAUUCCUAGCCAAAGAUGCGCCUGAGUAUCGGAAUGGUUAUAUUAUCAGUCUGUCCUUCAUCUGCUUCUCCGCAGCCUGCUGCAUUGGAUACUUUGUGGCUCUCUGGGCGGAGAACAAGCGACGAGACCGGGUCAUGGCCAACGGCGCCCCCGCGGAGCUGCGAGAAGAUGAAGAAGAGGUCCAGGGAGAUCUGGCGGUGACCUACCGCUACGGCUAUUAA